GAGAGAGAUGGUAGGCUUCUUAUCAUGUUAAGCCUUCAGAGUAAGAGGCUGCUUGUUAGCUGAGGAUGCUUAGAGAGCGGUAGGGUGUGCUGGGACUCCCAGCUUAUCACCACGCGGACCCUGCGGCUCCAAGAACAGCCGGGUUGGCAGCAAAGCCUCGCCCAUCCCCAAGCCCCAUCCCUUCAUCCUUAGCUAGCCAUCAAAGAGCAGGACUGCUUGACACAUCCUUGGAGAAUCCCAGUUGAAGGAAAGGAAGGAGAGGAGUUGUCGGAAAGAGAGAAAAGGGAGGAUGCGCCCCCCGGGAGUGGCGACGGUGCCGGCCAUCUGAUCCCUCGGCACCAAUACGCCAUUGUGAGCUGAAGGAACCAGCCGGAGAAGCCGAGCGGGGGCCGCCGGCCGCCUCUGCCCAGACCGCGGCUCCCUCCCUCCGUCCGACCCGUCAGAGCUGCUAUGGGAAGCCGGCCCACGAGGGCGAGCGGCAGCCUCAUGAUCCUGCCCCUGCUCUGGCUCUUUGUGCUCCUCAAGAAUGCUACACCUUUCCAUGUUACUGUCCAAGAUGAUAACAGCAUUGUUGUCUCCCUGGAAGCUUCAGAUGUCGUGAGUUCAUCAUCUGUAUAUGUUGUGAAGAUAACUGGUGAAUCUAAGAAUUAUUUCUUCCAGUUUGAGGAAUUUAACAACACACUGCCUGCCCCUGUGGUCUUCAAUGCCAGUUAUCAUGGUCUUUAUUAUAUAAUCACUUUGGUGGUGGUGAAUGCAAAUGUUGUCAUCAAACCAGCCAGAUCAAUCACUGUGUUAACAAAGCCUCUUCCUGUCACCAGCGUUUCUAUUUAUGAUUAUAAACCUUCUCCUGAAACAGGAGUCCUAUUUGAAAUUCAUUAUCCAGAAAAGUACAAUGUUUUUACAAGAGUAAACAUAAGUUAUUGGGAAGGAAAAGACUUCCGGACAAUGUUAUACAAAGAUUUUUUUAAAGGUAAAACAGUUUUUAAUCAUUGGCUACCUGGGAUAUGUUAUAGUAAUAUUACCUUUCAGCUAGUAUCUGAGGCGACAUUCAACAAAAGCACCCUGGUGGAAUACAGUGGUAUAAGUCAUGAACCCAAACAGCACAGAACAGCUCCUUUCCCACCUCAAAAUAUUUCAGUCCGAAUUGUAAACCUGAACAAGAAUAAUUGGGAAGAAGAGAGUGGAAGUUUCCCAGAAGAAUCAUUCCUGCGGACACAAGAUCUCAUAGAGAAAGAGAAAGUGCUUCAUUUUACGGAUGAUCCUCCUGAAAUUUCCUCAGCCAACACUUCUUCUGGGUGGCCAGAUUUUAACAGUAGUGAUGAAGAAACAACACUCCAGCCAUAUUGGUGGGAUAGUGAAACUGUAACACCAGAAAAUGAAGAUGAAUUUGUCAGUGUACUUCCCAGGGAAGAUAAAAACAAUACAGUUAGUCUGAUUGAGAAAUCAACAUCAGCACCUUUAUCUUUUUUCCCUGUGCAAAUGAUAUUGAACUGGUUGCCCCCCAAACCACCUACUGCCUUUGAUGGGUUCCAUAUUCGCAUAGAGAGAGAAGAAAACUCUACUGAAUUUUUGACAGUGGAUGAGGAAGCACACGAAUUUGUCACUGAACUGAAUGAGCCUGGGAAAUAUAAAUUAUCCGUGACAACGUUUAGUUCCUCUGGGUCUUGUGAAACACGGGGAAGCCAAUCAGCCAAAUCAAUUAGUUUUUACAUCAGUCCUAUGGGAGAAUGGAUUGAAGAAUUAACAGAGAAGCCUCAGCAUGUCCGUGUGAAUGUUGUAAGCUCAACCACUGCCUUAAUGUCCUGGACAUCUUCUCAAGAGAGUGACAACAAUAACACGAUUGUGUCUGUUGUGUCUCUAACGUGCCAGAAACAAAAAGAAAGUCAAAGACUUGAAAAACAUUAUUGUACUCAGGUUAACUCAAGCAAAAGCAUCAUUGAAAAUCUGGUUCCUGGUGCCCAAUACCAGGUUGUGAUUUACCUAAGAAAAGGCCCUUUGAUUGGACCACCUUCGGAUCCUGUUACAUUUGCCAUUGUUCCCACUGGAAUCAAGGAUUUAAUGCUCUACCCUUUGGGUCCGACUGCUGUUGUUCUGAGCUGGACCAGGCCCUACUUAGGGGCGUUCAGGAAGUAUGUGGUAGAAAUGUUUUAUUUCAAUCCUGCAACAAUGAUAUCAGAGUGGACAACCUACUAUGAAAUAGCCGCAACUGUCUCCUUAACUGCUUCUGUGAGAAUAGCCAAUCUGUUACCAGCAUGGUACUACAACUUUCGGGUUACCAUGGUGACAUGGGGAGAGCCAGAAUUGAGCUGUUGUGACAGUUCUACUAUAAGCUUCAUAACAGCCCCAGUGGCUCCAGAAAUCACUUCUGUUGAAUAUUUCAACAACUUGUUAUAUAUAAGUUGGAUGUAUGGGGAUGACACAACUAACCUCUCCCAUUCCAGAAUGCUGCAUUGGAUGGUUGUUGCUGAAGGAAAGAAAAAGAUAAAAAAGAGUGUAACCCGCAAUGUAAUGACUGCAGUGCUAAACCUACCUCCAGGUGAUAUCUACAAUCUCUCAGUAACUGCUUGCACUGAAAGAGGAAGCAACACUUCUCUGCCCCAUCUUGUAAAGCUGGAACCGGCUCCUCCCAAAUCACUUUUUGCAGUGAAUAAGACUCAGACUUCAGUGACUCUGCUAUGGGUAGAAGAGGGAGUUGUUGAUUUCUACAAAGUCUUCUGUCAACAGGUUGGCUCUAACCAGGAAAUAAAGCUCCAGGAGCCAGUUUCGGUUUCUUCCCACGUUGUGACAAUCUCCAGCCUCCUGCCUGCCACUGCCUAUAACUGUAGCGUAACCAGCUUCAGCCACAAUAGUCCCAGUGCGCCUACAUUCAUAGCCAUCUCUACAAUGGUUACUGAGAUGAAUCCUAAUGUGGUGGUAAUCUCAGUGCUGGCAAUCCUGAGCACGCUGCUGAUUGGGCUGCUUCUUGUUACACUCAUCAUUCUAAGGAAAAAGCAUCUGCAGAUGGCCAGAGAGUGUGGGGCUGGAACGUUUGUCAAUUUUGCUUCUUUAGAAAGAGAUGGAAAGCUUCCCUACAACUGGCGUAGGAGUAUAUUUGCUUUCCUAACUCUGCUACCCUCAUGUCUUUGGACUGAUUAUCUUUUGGCAUUUUAUAUUAACCCCUGGAGUAAAAAUGGACUAAAGAAGAGGAAAUUGACCAACCCUGUUCAGUUGGAUGACUUUGAUGCCUACAUCAAAGAGAUGGCCAAAGAUUCAGAUUACAAAUUUUCUCUACAAUUUGAGGAGUUGAAGUUAAUUGGACUGGAUAUUCCACAUUUUGCUGCUGAUCUUCCACUGAAUAGAUGUAAAAACCGUUACACAAACAUCCUACCAUAUGACUUUAGCCGUGUCAGACUAGUUUCCAUGAAUGAAGAGGAAGGUGCAGACUAUAUCAAUGCCAACUAUAUUCCUGGGUAUAAUUCACCACAGGAGUACAUUGCGACACAGGGACCCCUCCCAGAAACCAGAAAUGAUUUUUGGAAGAUGGUUCUCCAGCAGAAGUCACAGAUUAUUGUCAUGCUCACUCAGUGUAAUGAGAAAAGGAGGGUGAAAUGUGAUCAUUACUGGCCCUUUACUGAAGAACCCAUUGCUUAUGGAGAUAUUACAGUGGAGAUGACCUCUGAAGAAGAACACAGUGAUUGGGCCUAUAGAAGUUUCCGAAUCAUCUACGCUGAUGAGAUGCAAGAUGUCAUGCAUUUUAACUAUACUGCCUGGCCUGACCAUGGUGUGCCCACUACAAAUGCUGCAGAAAGCAUCAUGCAGUUUGUACAGAUGGUCCGACAGCACUCCACAAAGAGCAGAGGCCCCAUGAUCAUACACUGCAGUGCCGGCGUGGGACGGACAGGAACAUUCAUAGCCCUGGAUCGACUGCUACAGCAUGUUUGUGAUCAUGAAUAUGUUGACAUACUGGGUCUGGUGUCAGACAUGAGGUCAUACAGAAUGUCCAUGGUGCAGACAGAGGAACAGUACAUUUUUAUCCAUCAGUGUGUACAACUGAUGUGGAUGAAGAAAAAGAGACAAUUCUGCAUCAGUGAUGUGAUAUAUGAGAAUGUUAGCAAGUCCUAGUUAAGGAUACUGAGCAGAGAGAAUAUGAAGUACACCCACCUUCCCUUGCUUCAGAAUUAUUGGGGAUGGGAAGGACCUACUAGCCAUUUUGCCAAGGAAGGUCCCUGCUUUGCAGUAUGUGGCCAAUAAAGAAGAUAUAUUUUAUCUUGUAGAUACACUGGGAAGACUUAGCCUUAAAGAGCCUACAGUGUCUUUUGGACUGCUUAUUUCUGGACAUUUAAAAUAUUGGACCAAAUUCAACCAAACAUGAUAAAGGAUGAGAUGCUCUACAGAGGACAGAAAGUAUGCCACUCCUGAAGAGUUUGGUUUAUCUUUUGCUGGUUGGACUUAGUUAAAGCAAGUACAAUAUAUACAUAUACAUAUAUAUAUAUAUAUUUUUUGGUGACUAUCUCAGAAAGAAAAGUUGCUUUCACUAUGUGUCACUAGUCUGUUAUUAGCAUCUAAUAACUCUUCAUUAUUAAAGAGAGAGGCAUGAAUAUACAUCAAGUAAUUGCAAUUCUGCACAAGGAAAUAGAAAUAUUGAUGUUAUUGCUUACCCUGGCAUUAAGGUACUGUACCAGGUUAAGGGUGGAGAGGAUAGGGGCAAGAAAGCAGGGAUGCUUAUACCAGUGGAUUUUUUUUCCUGUUCCAAAUAUAAAAGCUGUAAUACAGCUCUGAUGUAGAAUAGAAAAGAAAAUAUUGUCUUAAUUGUUCUAGUUGUUGAUGGGUUGUUUUUUUGUUCAUAAUUAACAGUAGGAUAUUUCAUCCUUGACCCUUUGAGACUUAUAUUACCAUCUAGCUUUGUUUUCAGUGAAUCUGGUCUGGGUUCAGAAGAGUUUACAGUCUGAUUAUCUUUAGGCUCUAUUGAUAUAGUGUUUAGCUGUCCAAGCAAUUUUUGGUGCCACAACCUAUCAUUCCUUUUAUGUUAAAUGGCAUACAGGUAAAAGCUCUUUCAUUUGGAAACUGUGUGCCAUAAAGAUACACCUUCAGCCACCUGAAGGGCUGGGAAUUCAUAAAGCUAUGAAAAGGAGUUGCAGUAUGCUAGGAGAAUUGCCUGCCUAUAUUUUGGGUAUCCUGUCAGACAGUCAAUAUGGGUCCCAGCAGGAGUUUUCAUUUACUCUUGGGUUGUCAAUUUCAUUUAUUUUCAAUAUAAUUAGUAAUAUUUUAUGAUUUGAGCAUUGUGUAAUGACAUUAUGGAACUGAGUAUUGUGACAAGAAUGCUGUCAACAUGGACAAUGAUGGCAUUGAGAAGACUGUUUCUUUGUGUCCCUGGAAUACUCAUUUGUAUAAAAGGUGAUGUUACUGAGAGUACAAGGAAAACAUUUCGAAUUCCAAGUAAACAUCCACCAACUGUUCACUGCCACAAUAUUGCUGUUGUUGACAGAAUGGAAGGUUCCUCCCUAGAUAUUUUGCAAUUUUUACUUUAUUAUUAAAGUAUGUUUUCCCUAGAAGCUUCUUUAGAAACCUCCACAGCUUCUUUUGAGUUAGUGUGUAUGGGAUGGUUUGAUUUUUUGGCAACCUUAGCAAUUGCGAAGGAUGUUAAGCAAAUAGCGUUGAUACCAAGGCCUCACUGCUGAGAGGGUUUAGCCAAAGAACUUGGCAAAGUUUCCCAUGAGGCACAGACCUUGUAUUUCAGUUCUUACUUUGACAAGUCUAUGGCCAAAGAUUCAUUCUCCUUGGACAGGUCAAUAUAACAUGAAUUAUGACUCAAGAGAGGAUACUCUUUGCUUUUUCCCAUUGCUGUUUCUCAUUCUUGUUAAGUUUGACACAACUGCUCAGUAUUGGAAUAAUUUCUUCACUUUAAAAAAACCAACACAGCAUGGGGGGGGGGUAUUAUCAGCCAUAGCGUGAUAUUAAUAGGCUUCUACAGAGGAGUCAGACCAUUGAUGAAAACUACAGCUGAGGAGUUGUAUGGUUAAGAAUAGAAUUUUUUUCAAAAUUGUCACCCCAAAUCUAGCAAGCUUUUAAAAAUAUAUAAUAGCAUUUCACUCUGGACAGUCUCUGGAAAACAAGAACUUCAAAAACAUUUCAUUAAUCUCUUCAACACCUCCACAAGGAAGGGAUUGAGUAUCACUUUGUGAUAGGUGGGAAGAAGGAACAUGAAAAUAUGGUUAGGUUUUUUUUUCCCUUGAUAAGGUUAAUAUUACAAAGCAAAUGACAGAAUCAUGGAAUAUAAGCAGGGAGUAACCAAGAGGUCAUCAUCAUUUAUCUGAACAAAUAUUAACUCUACAACAGGUUGGCAAGUGGUCAUCCAGCUCUUCCCCAAAACUUCUAAUUAGUGAGUUUCACUACCUCCCAAGGCAAGACAAGCCACUCUACCCCCCUGGACAAUUCCAAUUGUUAGGAAGUAUUUCCCCAAAAUAAAGAAAAAUAGCUUCUUGUAACAUUAAAAAUAAUAGUAGCUGGCAUUAUAUCGCACUUUAAAUUUUCCUAAGCACUUAGCAAGCAUUGUCCCAUUUGGUCUUCCCAAUAACUUUAUGAAGAAGAUACUACGGGUAUUAUUCUCUCCAUUUUACAGAUUAAAAAAAAAAAAACACUGAGGCUCAGAGAGGUUAAAUGCCUUUCCCAUAGUCACACAGCUAAGUAAAUGUCAGAGGCAGAAUUUAAAUCCAGUUCUGUCCAGUGUCAAGUUCACUACUCUAUCCACUAAGCUCUGAGUUUUUUGCUUGGAAGCCAAGCUGAAUAAAUCUCUUUCCUCUUACACAGGGCAACACUUCAAAAACUUGAGAACAGAUGUAUUCCAUCUAAGUCUUCUCCAGGCUCAACAUGCCCAGAUCCUUGUAUAGCAUGACAUCAAAGCCUUUCACAGUCCUCACCUCCCUAAAAUGUAGCACCCAGAACUGAACACAGUACCCCGGAUGUGAUUUGACAAAGGGACGUCAGCACAGACGUCAACUCCCAGGACACCAUAUUUCUCUUUAUGUAACUUAAUAUCAUAGUUGGUUGCUAUAUCAUGCUGUUGAGCAUGUAGCCCACUAAAGUCCCCAGAUGUUUUUAGAUCAUCUGCAAUCCAGCUAUACCUCCCUUAUUGUGUUUUGAGGAAAUUGAUUUACUAUAUCCAAGUGUAAAGAAUACAAGAAGGGGGGGCAGAGGAGCACAAAGAGAAAAAGAAUUUGAGCUUCAGCAGGAGAUGAUUUCAAGGAGGAAGGAGGAGGAGGAGGAGGGAUAGGAGCCAAGACAUUGAACCAAACAGAUACUCAAUUCUAAAUUCUUGGAAUGUGGACGACAAGGCAGAAAUCAUCUAUUUUAAUAUUCCUUCUAAGAAUUAAAUACUAGAAAAUUCAAUAUUCAGAAUCAUAUUCCUUCUGAGAACCAUACUCCCCAAGACGAUCUUGAAAAGCUUGGAAAAGAGGAUAAAGAUGACUCAGAGCUCCAGACAUCCUGCAGUUUUGUCCCAGAUCAUUUUGGGAAGGGUUCUGGAAAUACUGUACCUAAUAGUUGUGAUUUAGAACCAAUGGUUAUUCUGCUAACUUGUCAAUUACCUAUUCAUCAUCAUAUCAUGUAAUGGAAAGAACAUUGGAGUAUAUUUUAGGAAAUUUGAAUCCUAACUCUGGCAAAGAAACUUAUGACCUUUGGUAAAUCAAUAAACCUUUCUGCUCCUUGGUUUCCUAAUUCUUUAUGUAGGAAUAUUAAUGCUUUUUCCACCUACCUCACAGAGUCAUUGUGAGGAUUAAAUAAUACAAAUCUAAAAGUGCUUUGAAAAAUAAUAUAAAAAUUUUGUGGGGAAAAAGUGACUCCAUUAUUCCUAUCCUUUAAGCCAGAGAUCUUUUUCUGAGAAUAUACUCCAAGGGAGAGAGGGUAGAGAAUCAGCUUCAAGAGCUGCCAAGACCUAGACCCAAGUCCUGCCUCUGACAUAUUAGCUAUGUGAUACUGGACAAAUCACUUAAAUUCUCCAUGUUCUAGGCAACUUUUAAGACCUUAAGUUGCGAGAAGGUGCCACUUUGCAUAGGUAAAGUGGGAUUUCCUUAUCCAGGAGUUCCCUAUACCAGUAAAAUCACAGAUCUUGCCCCUAUCCCUAUACUCCAAAGAAGACAGAGAUAAGAAAGGUCCCAUGUACACCAAAAUAUUAAGAGCAGAACUUUUUUUUUUUUUUUGGAAAAGACAUGGAAACAAAUACCCAUCAAUUGAGAUAAGCUAAAUUACAUUUCAGUCUAUGAAUGGAAUGGAAUGGAAUGGAAUAUGAUUGUACUUUAACAGAUGAUGAAUGUGAGGAAUUCAAAGAAACAUGGGAAGACUUGUAUGAACUGCUACAGAGUAAAGUAAGCAGAACCAGGAAAGCAACAUACACAAUGACUACAACAAUAUAAACAAAAAGAAAAAUAACAUAAAAAAUAGCAUUGUCAUUAUAAUGGCCAGUCUUGGCCCUGGAGAGUUGUGAGAAUUUGGGUAUGGAAUGUUAUCAACAUUGUCAGAUAUGGUCAAUGUGUCAGUUGGUUUUGCUUAAUGCUUUUAAAAAAUUUGUUACCAGGGAAGAU